AUGUGGAAGAGUAGAAGCGUCAUCAGAUCUAACAAGGUAUUCUUCUGUCUUGCUUUACUUGUGAUGUUGAGAACAGUAAGAAAAUUAGAAAGUGGGGGAGCACGAAAAAAAACUACAAUAGUGCAGCGGAGCGUCGGCAAUUUUCAUGGUUUUGUUGUUACUCAUUUCUCAGGCUCUGGUUUCAAUAACCAAGUGCAUCAAAUAUUGAAUGGAAUGGCUAUAGCAAAGGCUCUAAAUCGAACAUAUUGCUUAUCUCCGUUUUUGCGGAGAAAAUCUGAUGAAACUAAUGCUGAAACUAAGUUCACAAAUUUUAUGGAAAUAUUUGAUGUAAGUUCAUUCACUAAUGUUCUAAACUUGGAAGUCAUGGAUAGAUGUAGUACAUUCUGUGGCGGGAGUAUUGAUUUUAUUGUCAACAUGUCGCCAAGAAGCAUCUCCAAACAAGCAUACGAUAGACAAUUUGCUAUGCAACAUAAUGGUUUUCAAACAAAUCUGAAAAAUAUUAUCAAUUCACACAGGCUUGAAGAUUUGGGUACAAGUUGGAUUGAAUGGGAAAAUGAAGUACAUGUGCGGUCAGCACUUAGAUUCAAAGAUGCAAAAUGCAUAGAAUUAUAUCAGCCUUUCCCGGCAUCUAAAUUGAUUACUGAUGGAUAUUUUAACUUUCUUCCUUCUUCACUGAAAUUUUCGAGCAGUAUUAUCACUGCCGCUACAGAAAUAGGGAAGGAACUUUUUUUCGACGAUGCGUACGUUAGCGUGCACUGGCGGUAUGAAUAUCAAAAGAAAGGUGAGAGUAAAUGCAGAAAAAAAUCUUUGCAGACCAGGGGGUCUGGUGAUAUUUGUUUUGUCAUAUUUUUAAAGAGUUUCCGAAGAAGCGCGAAAGAUUACUUGAAUUUUGGAGAUUGUGGGGACUGCGAGAAGUAUCUUCAAUAUGUGCAUAUUGAGGAUAUAGGAAAAGUCUUGAGAGAUUAUCAAGUUCUCACACGAAAAAAAAUAUUCCUUGCUUCAGACGCUGAUGCUCGUAUCAUAGAUAGUGUUCGAAAGUUCGUAGAUUUCAAAAUGAUCUCUGAUAGCAAAAUAGGUCGAAAAGUAGUUGAAAGUAAAAAUAUGGAACUUAUUUCUGUAAUAGAGCAAGCUCUGUGCGUUCAAGGAGAAAAAUUCAUGGGAACUAGCUAUUCAACAUGGACUACUACUGUGUGGAUGUUACGGUCUCCACGUUUUGAAGAAGAAGAAGAAAGAAUACAUGGUUACAUAGAUAUUCUCAGUGCUAAUAUUUCCUAG